CCUUCAGCGCCGCCUCUCCUCGAGCCGACCUUUCGCCAUGUCCGCCCCUGCCGCCGCCGCCGCGACCAAGCCCAAGCCUCCAGCAGACCCGACCGCGAUCAACUGCGUCACCGUCCUCGGUGAGCACAUCGCCAAGCCGUUCCGGCAAGAGCUCGUCCGCGUGACGGACCAGCUGUCGCCCAAACCCAAGCUCGUCGGCAUCCUCGCCAACAGCGGCGCCCCGUCGCGCGCCUACGCCAACUGGACCGCCAAGGCGUGCGAGGCGGUCGGCAUCGACUACGAGCUGCGCGAGGUCGGCAUCGUCGCGAGCGGCGCGACCGAGGGUACCGCAGAGCAGGGCGAGGUCGAGGAGGCGAUCCUGCUCGCAAACCAGGACGUCAACGUCAACGGCAUCAUGGUCUACUACCCCAUCUUUGGGCCUCGCCAAGACGGCUACCUUCAGCAGGCCGUCAGUCCGCUCAAGGACGUCGAGGGCCUGAACUUUACCUGGCUCUUCUCCCUGUACCACAACACCCGCUUCAUCGACCCGCGCAAGCUCGCGCUCGCCGCCCAGGUCCUCACGCCGGAACCUUUCGUCCAGAGCGAGUCGCAGGCCGUCCCCUCGACCUCGAGUGCACCUGUCGUGUCGCCCCCGAACGAGGACGGCCUCGUCAAGGCGAUCCUGCCGUGCACGCCGCUCGCCAUCGUCAAGACGCUCGAGCACUGCCAGGUGUACAACCCGUUGCGCCCGUACGGCUCGCGCGCGUUCGGCCGCACCAUCACGGUCGUCAACCGGUCCGAGGUUGUCGGUCGUCCUCUCGCGGCGCUCCUCUCGAACGAUGGCGCGCGCGUCUUCUCGGUCGACCUGGACGGCAUCCAGGAGUUCACGCGCCGCAAGGUCGACGCCGAGUCGGGCGAGAGCGGCAGCAAGGCGAGCUUCCACCCGUGCCACGUCGUCAAGAAGUGCGAGCUCAGCUACGAGGAGUGCCUCGCGGCGAGCGAUGUCGUUAUCGGCGGUGUUCCGUCCAAGAGCUACAAGAUCCCGACGGCUCACCUCAAGGAGGGCGUCAUCGCCGUCAACUUCUCCGAGUCGAAGAACUUCGAGGACGACAUCAAGGAGAAGGCGUCGCUCUACUGCCCGGGCAUCGGCAAGGCGACCAUCGUUCUCCUUCAGCGCAACCUCCUGCGCCUUCGCGAGUACCAGGCGGCGCUGCGUGGCCCGGCCGCACAGAAAUAGGCGGCGCGCGACGUCCUCCCCGAUCGUCCUCCCUCUUCCCUCCCGUCCGACAUAGACUCGCACCCACUUUCGUCCCUGUAUCGCACCCGGUCGUGCAACUGGUAUCCUUCGCCCAACU